GUUAAAAUAAUGACCUUUUGACUCCCCCAUUAUUCUCAAGUCUAACUAUACAGACCCAUUCCGCUUCUGUCGUUUCAUGACUGUCAAAGUUCGCUAAAAUUGAAACCCUCUGUUCUAACAUUAAGUGCAAUCUGCUGUCCCAGAGCACUGUGCAAAUGUAUUAGAACACCCUAUUGCUUCUCUAGUUUACUAAUUAGCGAUCGUUUAAGCGAUGACUUUGUAACAGGCCAUGCACAUGCAAUUAAUUUCAAACCGUAAGAGAAAAGGAACACAGAGUCGCACGCUGCAAAAUGCAGGAGUCUUUUUUUGAGUUAGUCUGUGGACAGGGUAAAUACAAUUCCUGCACUGAAAAGUUCACCUCCCACCAGCAGGGGGCGCUGGCGACUAUGGGGGUUAACAUUCCUUAUGAAAUAGCGUUUGUGUUAAUCUUUGGAAACACUCAACUAAGACAAACAUAACCCUUUAAAUCAACCGUUUCUCUUCCAGUCCAUUGCACUGCAGGGCUUUGUUCCAACCAGACCCUUGAUUCUCUAGUUGACCUCCAACAGGGUCAGGGUGUGGUUGGAACAAAGUCCUGCAGUGGAACGCAUUGGAAGAGCCAAGUCAACUUGCAACUCACCUCCGGUCUGAGGAGGCUAUGACAAGUUUGGUGACAUGGAACGGGAAGUGAUACUUUACCACAGCGACUCUGCAGGUCUCGUCUUUGCCUUUCUCUGCUGAUACUUUGUUUGAAAGUUGGAUUUAAAUCCAAAAAUGCCACGGAUCAUUUCUUGCUGGACGGUACUGGUGACUAUUGUCAUUUCUGGUCUUCCCUGUCAGGCCGUCAAAUCAGUUAAGGGUAUUUUGAACGGCGUAGUCCUCUUACCCCCUUGUGUGCAUACAGGGUUACCAAAAAGAAUCACCUGGUCCAUCUUCAACAAUGACACCCUCAUUGCUACAUUAAUAUCUGGAUCAACUAAUGUAGCUUUGAGGCCAAAGUUCAAAGAUAGGCUUCAUCUGAACCGCACGCAUGGAUCACUUCUGUUAACAAAACUGCAGAUGGAAGAUGCCAUGAGCUACACAGUGAAUAUAAUUAGCAGCACAGAACAGUGCAAUGAGGCAGUGAAUCUACAAAUUACUGCACCUGUUGAAAUUGAAAAGACCGAGCCGAGCGGAGUGUGCCCGUUCACUUUGAAAUGCUUCGUUUCAAACUACUCAAAUUUGAGUUACAUUUGGAAGUUUAACAUUUACAAAGAAAGAGGACCCAUUCUGAGUGUCAGAGACAUUCCUUUCAACACAGAAGAGUCCUACACCUGUGUGGCUUUCAACAACGAAACCAGUUCAUCAGCUACUGUGACAGAGCACUGUGACAAUGCAGGAAAUGUGAAUGGAAAUAGUCGUCUUUAUUACAUCUCCAUCUUUGGACUUUUAUUAUACUUUGGGAGUUUCUAGAAUGCUUCUGGAAAUCUGGAAUGCUUGUACAAAUCUGCAGUGCUCCUGAAAUACUAAAACUAUUCUGUUAAUGUAAAUUGUGUUUUGUGUUUGUUUUUUUGCUUUUUUUAUUACCACUAAAACAAAUUGAUGGUUUGACAUUUUUUUACUUAUUUUUGUAGAUAUCAAGGUGUUUGUAAAUGUCAAUUAAUUUACAUUGAUUCAUUGCUUACUGUCUGAUUCCAGUUUAGAAGACAAAGUAAAAAACAAAUCUUCCAUUUCAAUCCUGCAGCACACACUUUGCAUUUCAUUACCUUUAUGGAAAUAAAAUAUAUUUUCAAAAAAUAUAUAUAUAUAUAUUCCACUUCAUAUUACAAAGCAUUGCAUUACAUUUGCCAUGCAUUUCGAUAUAUUUUACAAUAUAUUCCCCAUAUUAAAGUUAUUGGAUAAUCUAGGUGAUGCAAAGGUGAUUCAGAUAUUUUAUUCAAUUAAUGUAAUCAAAAGAAACCACACAAUGAUAUUACAUCAAAGUCUAUAUCUGAAGCCAUAACAGCAAAUAUUUCAUGCUAUAUUUCUGAUUGUCACAUUUCCAGUUUUUCUGUUCAGUAGAUGGGAAAGCUACAAAGCGUUGGUGUGUGAUUCAAUAUGUUAACAAGGGAACAUUAUUCAGCAGCUUUCACUGGACU